AGUCGGCAGCUGUCGUCACAGCAGGAUGACUCGUAUAUUUUGCGACAGGAUGUACAUGCACCGGCUAGUCUCCGCUGGCAAAAAAAAAAAGAAAUGCGUUGUCGAGGGGGGUGUGGAGGGAAAAAGAAAAUAAAUUCCGUGUGUUUAUGUUAACAGCCAACUGUUUAUAAUGUGAUACAAUCCUCCAGUCUUCGGAGACUCAAACACUAGCUUUUUUUGGUGAGGAGGAAGACGUCGUAGUGUUGCAUGGGGAAAUGUUGCUGACUGGACUCCACAGCAGGCAGACACUAGCAGCAGCCACAUCUCAUUCCUGGGCUCUUGUAAGAGCCACUCUUUGCUCCACAACCUGAUGAAGCUAACUUCCUCCCCAGAAGCAGCACUCACAGAGGACUCCACCUGUAACUGGGACUCCUGUGCUGGGCUCCAGUAGCCCACCAAUGCCUGUGAUCCCCAUCCCACGGCGGGUGCGCAGCUUCCAUGGCCCCCACACUACCUGCAUGCACUCGGCCUGUGGGUCUACGCACGCUUCCAAGCUGGUGCGCACCAAGUACAAUAACUUUGACCUCUACCUGCGCUCACGCUGCAUGUACAGCUUCCUCCGUUUCCUUCUCUACUUUGGCUGCAGUCUGCUGACCUCUAUGCUCUGGGUGGCGCUCUCUGCUCUCUUCUUUCUGCAGUACGUCAGCGUGCGCGUCCUCCUGCGGCUGCAGUACAAGCUGUCUGUCAUUCUACUUUUGUUAGGGCACCGGCGCCUUGACUUUGGAGUGCUUAAUGACCUGAUCAUCUACAGCAUGCAGAUCACCAUGUUUCUGGUUGGGGGGCUUGGCUGGUGCUUCAUGGUGUUCGUGGACAUGUAGCUGCAAUGUGAGCAACGUGGGAAAUGUAGUGUGCGAUGUGGAUGCUAAACACUAACUUCGGAAUUGUGUGGUGCUACAGGACAAUAUAAGCCUUUAGCAUGUUCUGUAGGACUGCUCCAUAUCUCCCCUCUAGUCAAAAAGACCCUUUUUACGUCAAGUCCUAUUUGGUUUAGUUUCAGAUACAAAAGUUUGUGUAACAACUGUGAUCUUUUAAAAAUGUUGGUCCUGUAUAACUCCUGAAUGAAAAUGAUGCAUGAGUCUGACUCGAGUCAUCAUGCAGGACUCUCAAGAGACCAAUAGGGUCCAAAUCUCUUCAAUUUCAAAUGUAUUUUAAUGCCAUUUGAAAAAACUUUCACAAAUUUUGAAAGGCAUCUUGACUAAAAACUCUUUUCUGUAUAAUAAUGGAAAAUGUGAAUGUCAAAGUCUGUGUUGCAUGGAAAAGUGACUGAUGUGCAUCAUGGCUGAGUGAUGCAAGACAGUCGUGAUGCAAGACAGUGUGCUAAAAUAACACAGGUUGGGCUCCAAACUAAGUCUACCCUGAUUCCUAGAUUGUGAUAAUGACAGUUGUGUCAUAUAUAAUACAUAUAUGCAAAUACUGUAUACAUGUACCAGAGACACAGUCAGUUAUGGUGGAUAAAGUGACCAAAAACAAGUUGUUAACAGUUUGUGUAAUGUGAUUUUGUGGAAAGGGGUGCGGCAGAAUAGGAGAAUAAGUGACAAACAUCAACUCUUUUUUGUAAAGUGAAUAAAUGCAUUUUCUGUUGA